CGCUGCGUCCCUUCCGGAGCGCGGUUCGCGGAGAGACCAUGCCGCUGGACCACAGGCGGGUGCCCGGCCCGGAGGAGUCGCAGGCGCCGCUGCUGUUCGUGCCCGCGGCAGCCCAGGAUGCAGAGCCUCCGCCGGGAGACGCGCGCCGGGACCCGACGGCGCUGCAGCCGCUGUUCGCCCGCGUGGGGCUGCUGAGCCAGGCGAAAGGCUCGGCCUACGUGGAGCUGGACGGCGGCACCAAAGUGCUGUGCGCCGUGGCCGGGCCGCGCGAAGCGGGGGGCGGCGGGGGCGGCGGGCCGAGCGGCGGCGAGCCUCGGGGGCGGCUGGCGUGCGAGUUCCGCCGGGCGCCGUUCUCCGGGCGCGGGGCCCGCGGGCGGCCGAGCGACCGGGAGCCGGAGCUGAGCCUGGCGCUGCAGGAGGCGCUGGAGCCGGCCGUGCGCCUGGCGCGCUACCCGCGAGCGCAGCUGGACGUGAGCGCGCUGCUCCUGCAGGACGGCGGCUCCGCGUUGGCGGCCGCCUUGUGCGCCGCGGGGCUGGCGCUGGCCGACGCCGGCGUGGAGCUGUACGACCUGGUGGCCGCCUGCGCGCUCUGCCGGCCGCCCUCGGGGGGCGAGUGGCUGCUGCAGCCGGGCGAGGCCGAGGAGCGCGGCGCCGCCGCCAGCCUCACCGUGGCGCUCCUGCCGGCGCUGGGGCAGGUCUCGGGCUUGCUGGGCAGCGGGCAGGGCGGGGAGCCGGAGAGCUGGGCUCAGGCCGUGCGCCUCGGCCUCGACGGCUGCCAGCGCCUCUACCCGCUGCUGCGCCAAAGCCUCCUGCGCGCCGCCAAGCGCAAAAGCGCCCAGACGACCCAAGAGCCGUCCGAGGGGGAGACGGGGGAGCCCCCUGCUGCGCCCACCGCUUGAACCAGAGGCAUCUGGGCAUCCUUGGCACCCGGUGGUCACCACUAGACGAGGCGCUGCUGGGGUCCACCGCCCGGCCAUCUCUCUCGCUCUCCCCGGGAAUCUGCUCUGGCAAGGACUCCGAAAUCCAAAGACCUGGAGCAGGGUUGGGGCAAUGCCACUAAUCCGCCUGAAGCUCCCUGGCGCACCACCCUGUGCCCAGCGCGCGACUCCUUCCUUCGUGAGGGACCAGCUGUAUAUUUCCUCUGCUGGUCAUCACCGAAGCAACUGGCAUCAGCCUUUCAGAGCAGAGCUGUCGAUGCCAGGAAACUCCAGAGGGAGGCUGCAUUAAAGGACAUUCGAGAACAGUUGCAGGAGACGCUUUUGAAACCCAGGAACAGCAUCUCCAGCCUUCUGUUGAAAGACUGCUGAAUCCCUAUUAUUUUUGUAGUUUGCUCAGAGAGAUUUAGGGGAAACUGGGAAGAGCUUUUGAAUUGCUGUUAUUAUUUCAGUGAAGAGGAAACAGAAUUAGUGGUUUGUGGCAGACGGACUUCUGGAUUUGUUGACUGAGCUUUUGGUUCUGGAAGGCACAUUCCAUGGACUGACCCUGAAAAGCUGCAUUUUCGCCUGGUUGUGGAGGUCUUUAAAAUGUCACACAUUAAACAUGUUUUUUU